AUGAUCUCCACUAGUCGCACCUUCUUACUCACCACCUCUUUACUCUUGAUUCUUUCCCUUCUUUCGUAUCCAGUUCUUACCCUGAACCUUUCCAUUAUCAACAAGUCAACUGCCAAACAAUCAAGCACCGAUUUAACAUACUGCAGUUUCAAUGUCCAAGUAUUUGGUCAGAAAAAGAUGCAAAAUAAUCAAGUUGUUGAUGUUCUAUUGAAAAUUCUCUCACAAUGUGAUCUGACAUUGAUCAUGGAAAUUAGAGAUGCAUCUGGAGAAGCCAUUAAGGAAUUACUUCAACUAUUGAAUGAGAGCAAAAACAGUGCUGGUAGAAAAUUCCAAAUAUCUUUAAGUUUGAGAUUGGGAAGAACAAGUAGUAAGGAACAAUAUGGAUAUAUCUAUGACUCUGAUAAGGUCCAUAUUAAUUCCACUUAUCAGUAUCCUGAAGAUUUUGAUCAAUUUGAACGCCCACCAUAUUCUGUGUUGGUUUUACCAUCCAAUUCAACUAGAUCCAUUUCUCUUCCAAAUGUUGCCUCAAAGAAUGCCUUGUUUGUUAGUGGAAUUCACACUUCUCCAAAAGCUGCUGUUCAAGAAAUUGAUGCACUCUAUGAUGUGUAUGAGUAUUAUUACAGAAAGAAUAGAAUUAUCAACUCGAAUAUUCCAUGGUUGUUGAGUGGAGAUUUCAAUGCUGGAUGUAGUUAUGUGAAGGAAUCAGAUUGGAAGGGGAUUCGUCUGAGAACAGAUUCGACAUUCAAAUGGUUGAUUAAGGAUGAUCAAGGAACAAUGGUAAAAACCAAAUGUCCAUAUGAUAGAUUUGUCAUUGCUGGUUCAAUUGAUUAUGAAAAGGUUCAAGUGGUGAAUUUUAAGGAAGAAUAUGGGUUGACUCAGGCAUUGGCUGAAGCUGUGAGUGAUCAUUUUCCAAUUAGAAUGACAAUAAAGAAUUGGUUGAAGUAA